AUGACGUGGUUAGUAUCAUUGCCUUUCUUGCUAUUCCCAAAAUAUGAAGUUGCACAUUUUAGCAAUGGUCAUUUCCACUGUGUUAUCUACAGUCUGGGACCAUAUAUCGCUGACUACGAGGAGCAAGUCUUAUUGACAUGCAUUGUGCAUGAUGAGCCAGCUGGUUGGCACUGUCAUGAUCAUAUGGAUGCACUUGUCAAGGAGGGUACUCUGGAUGCCUUAUGGGGUGAAUAUGGCAUUGUUGGUGAACUCAUCAUAACCGACAUUCAUGAACUCAUCUCCCCCAAUAUCCUUCACCAGCUCAUUAAAGGGACAUUCAAAGAUCAUCUGGUGGAUUGGAUUGAGAAGUACCUAUACCAGACACACUCAAAGAAGGAUGCCGAUCACAUCAUGGAUGUCAUUGAUUGA